AUCAUGAAAGACACGAACGCGCCCUGGACGCACGUUGAGUUCGAGACGUCCAUUGGUUCCUUCAGCAUCGAACUGUACCACAAGCAUACACCGCGCACGUGUUACAACAUUGCCGCUCUGGCGUACCAAGGCUACUACAAUGGCACCAUUUUCCACCGCAUUAUUCGUGAUUUCAUGAUCCAAGGUGGCGACCCCACAGGAACGGGACGCGGUGGGGAAUCUAUCUACGGGGGAAAGUUUGCCGACGAAAUCACGCGCAACCUUAAACACGUGGGUGCCGGGGUCGUUUCCAUGGCCAAUGCCGGUCCCAACACGAAUGGAUCGCAAUUUUUUAUUUCCCUUAAACCCACCCCCUUUUUGGACGGAAAGCAUACCGUGUUGGGUCGGGUGUAUUCCGGUAUGAGUGUUGUGCAGCGCAUGGGGAUGGUAGCGACGGACGGAGAGGAUCGGCCGCUGCAUCCUGUGACGAUCUAUACCGCUACACCGUUGCGGGAACCGCCGCUACCCAAGUCGGAACGAAACACCGAAACGACUUCUUUGCAAAUAAAAGCUAGCUAGACCAGGGCUACUUGCUGACU